AAAUAUUUUCUAAUCACUGCUCACACUUCUCAGCUGAGAGCUUAGAGUUCAAAUGGAAGACGACACCGGAGAACGAUCAAGCUUCGUCAUCGGCCUCAUCGAGAAUCGCGCCAAGGAGGUUGGAGUAGCUGCAUUUGACUUGAGAUCAGCUUCACUGCAUCUUUCUCAGUAUAUAGAGACUAGCAGCUCCUAUCAAAAUACAAAGACUUUACUACAGUUCUAUGAACCUAUGGCGAUCAUUGUUCCUCCAAAUAAACUGGCAGCAGAUGGAAUGGUCGGAGUCUCACAGCUAGCUGAUGGAUUUUGUUCCUCCACAAGAAAGGUUAUAAUGAAUCGUGGUUGCUUUGAUGAUACCAGGGGAGCUGUACUGGUUAAAGGAUUAGCUGCUAAGGAACCGUCUGCUCUUGGUUUGGACUCAUACUACAAGCAAUAUUAUUUGUGUCUGGCUGCAGCAGCGGCAACUAUCAAGUGGAUUGAAGCAGAGAAAGGUGUUAUUGUGGUAAAUCACUCUUUGCUGGUUACCUUCAAUGGAUCUUUUGACCACAUGAACAUUGAUGCCACCAGUGUUCAGAACUUGGAGAUAAUUGAGCCUAUGCACUCUUCUCUUUUGGGCACAAACAGCAAAAAGAGAAGUUUAUUCCACAUGCUUAAAACAACUCGAACUAUUGGCGGGACUAGACUUCUGAGGGCAAAUCUUUUGCAGCCUCUGAAAGACAUAGAGACCAUUAACACUCGACUCAAUUGCCUGGAUGAGUUGAUGAGCAAUGAGCAGCUAUUCUUUGGCUUGUCUCAGGCCCUUCGUAAGUUUCCGAAAGAAACAGAUAGGGUCCUUUGUCACUUCUGCUUCAAGCCAAAGAGAGUUACUAAUGAAGUCUUGGCUUCAGAUAAUGGAAGGAGGAACCAAAUUAUGAUAUCCAGCAUUAUUCUUCUCAAAACCGCUCUUGAUGCUUUACCGUUACUCUCCCAGGUGCUUAAAGAAGCCAAGAGUUGUCUGCUGGGAAAUGUUUACAAGUCCAUAUGUGAGAAUGAAAAAUAUACUUCAAUCAGGAACAGAAUUGGAGAAGUGAUUGAUGAAGAUGUCCUUCAUACACGAGUUCCUUUUGUUGCACGGACACAGCAGUGUUUUGCUCUUAAGGCUGGAGUUGAUGGGCUUCUUGAUAUGGCCCGUAGAUCAUUUUGUGACACCAGCGAAGCUAUAUACGACCUAGCAAAUAAGUAUCGUGAAGAUUUCAGACUGCCAAACUUGAAGAUCCCAUUCAAUAACAGGAAAGGGUUUUACUUUAGCAUUCCGCAAAAGGACAUACAGGGAAAACUACCCAGCAAGUUCAUCCAGGUCAUGAAACAUGGAAACAAUGUCCAUUGCUCCAGUCUUGAACUUGCUUCAGUGAGUAUUACCUGGCAUCCAUUGCUACAUUCCUCUGUAGGCUCCAUUUGGUUUGGUGCAAAACAUAUUCCAGAAGAUAUUGCUCUUGCAAAUUUUCAUGAGGAAAACCCGGCAAAUCAACUUGAAGCAAUAACUCUUAAGGGCGGGAGUGAAUGCACCAUUGGGGAUGGGGCACGAAGGCUAAAAGAAAAAGUAGUGGAUCAGCGUAAAAUGUUUUCAAUAUGCAAUAAUGUGAAAGGGAAGUGUGGGAAUACUGUUUGGUGAUAGUUGUAUAGGUUGGUGAAAGCAAGUGUUAAGCGAGGACAUAGACAACUCUAGUGGAAAAUCACUAACACUCUUGAAAA